AAAAAAAUAUAUGGUGUCCUAACGCUGUCUUACGUCUUGUCCAGGAGUCUAUCAGCAUCCACCAAUAGGAACCGUGAGGACAGCUGGUUCAAGUCUCUGUUCGUCAGGAAGGUCGACCCCAGAAAGGAUGCCCACUCUCAACUACUGGCUAAGAAGGAAGACACCAACCUCUACAAAAUACAGUGUAGGUUAUCUCUCUCACUCACACACACUCAAGGGUUUGGUUGUGACGCCUGUGUGUCUACAUUACAAUGGCUUCAUUGUGGGGGUUUUUAACACAGGAUUAACAUAGAUUGAAAGGUGUUAGACUUUUUCCCCAGGCCACUGCCACACUGUUCCAUACCUAAACUCUUUCUCUUCUUUUACAGUUCACAAUGUCAAGCCCGAGUGCCUUGAUGCUUACAACAAACUUUGGUAAGAUACCCCUACCUCCAAACCAAACUUCAUCUUUAUUUAAAAGCAAAUAACACUCGAACAGCAGCAUUGUUAGACAAUGGAGAGUCUGUAGUAAAUGCUUUCGAAGAUGUGUGUGAUAAGGUUAGGACAGAGUCACCAAUGUUUACAGGGAUUGUUCGUAGGAUUGUCAACGAAUAUUUCAUUUUUGUUUUGUUAUGCGUGUCCUCAGUGAGGAGGUUCUGCCCUCCAUCAACGCUGACUCUCACUACCCCUGUGAGCUGCUUGGCACCUGGAACACAUGGUAUGGCGAGCAGGACCAGGCAGGUAAGGACACACAUACACACACAUACAGAGACACACUCAUAUACAUGCACACACACACACUCACCUCCUCUCUCUGUGUCCCAGUUCACCUGUGGAGAUAUCGGGGAGGCUACCCAGCCCUGACAGAGGUCAUGAACAAACUCCGGCAAAAUAAGGUUAGUAGGAAUGUUGGCUCACAAAUGUCACUAUAUAGGGUUUCUAUAAUGAAAAGUAAGAAAUUCCCGCACAGUACUUACAAUACUGUGGUCUACUUAUUACUUUGAAAGAAGCAGUCUGCAGGAAUUUCGUCUUUUGAAUCAUGUUAGGUAUACAUUACAACAAACCUGCAUAUAUCCAGAUUUGGGAGUGCAUUUCCUUUCCAGUUCUUGAACCAUUACAUGUGGUUUUGUAGGAGUUCAUGGAGUACAGGAAUGAGCGGGGGAAGAUGUUGCUGUCUCGUCGUAACCAGCUGCUGCUGGAGUUCAGCUUCUGGAACGAGCCCACCCCCCGCCCAGGACCCAACAUCUAUGAGCUCCGCUCAUACCAACUCAGGGUUAGACUGACUUUCUCCAUCUCUCUGUCUCACUUUAUCUCACUCACUCUAUAUGAUGUCUAAUACUCCUUCUCUUCUUCUUUCAGCCUGGAACUAUGAUUGAGUGGGGAAACUACUGGUAAGGCAUCUUUUUUCUUAUUGUUUUGUAGGUUUUGCAUAAAUGUCCUCCUUUUCAUUUAAUUUAUUCAAUGUCACUUUUCCUAGACACUGGUAGAGACAAUGUCACUUGGUUCCUUCUAUCAUGUAGUUGAUACACCUGUACGGUACCUCUGACCUGCACUUCCGUUGCAUGACGUCUUGAGCAUGACUGAAAAUGGACGAGGGGUUAUUAUGAAGUGAUUAUUCGAUAUGGCGACUUUAAGUAGAAUAUGCCUGCUGUAAUUUGUCAAUUCAAAUCACUGUUUGACAGAAUUGAAAUGACAGAACAACAAUAAGGUACAAUCUGCCUGUCAAAUCCUUUUACGUGGGGGACUGAACAGCGAUGCAGGAAAUUGGAUGAUUAAAGCAUUGCAUUGAUUAAAACAUGAAAUCGAUAACUCAAUGGUGAAAUUUAAAAAAGAUCUGUCUGAAGCAAGAUAGUGUGUUCAGCAAAAGGUAUCAUCAGCAUUCUCUCUGUGCUCUGUUGUAGUUAUUUAAUAAAGCGCAGGAUGAACAAAUGCUGUCAUAAGGCUGUUUUGAUUGGCUGCUGUGUGUCAUGUGACUGUGUAUGGCAGGGCUCGGGCCAUAGAGUUCCGGCAGCAGAACAGUGAGGCUGUGGGAGGGUUCUUCUCGCAGAUCGGCAGCCUCUACAUGGUGCAUCACCUCUGGGGUAAUACGAGACAACCACAAGAAUGACCCCUCUCUAUCACCGCUCUCUACAGUUUAUUUAGUAGGGUUCGCACAAGGUGCUUGAGGUGCUUAAAGUACUUGAAUUUGUCACUCUGAAAUUCAAGUACUGGAAUACCUUGAAAAUCAGACAUUUUCUCAAGUUGGUACUUCAACUAACCUCUACGGGAUCGGUGUCCCGUAUACGGGACGGUUGAGCUAACGUGCGCUAAUGUGAUUAGCAUGACUGUUGUAAGUAACAGCAAACUUUCCAGGACAUAGACAUGUCUUAUAUGGGCAGAAAGCUUAAAUUCUUGUUAAUCUAACUGCACUGUUCAAUUUACAGUAGCUAUUACAGUGAAAAAAUACCAUGCUAUUGUUUGAGGAGAGUGCACAACAACAAAAAACUUAUCACGGCAACUGAUUUGAUACAUUCACCUCUGAAGGUAAAUAAUGUACUUACAUUCAGUAAUCUUGCUCUGAUUUGUCAUCCUGAGGGUCCCAGAGAUAAAAUGUAGCAUAGUUUUGUUUGAUAAAAUCAAUUUUUAUAUUCAAAUGUAAGAACUGGGUUCUACAGUUUGAACCCUUGCUUUCUCUGGCUCCGCACCCACCCACCCCGCCCGGCCAUCUAGAUGUGUGAAAGUUAGUGUACAAGCUAAUGAUCCAUCAUGUAUGACAUUCCUGGAAGUGUAUAAACUUACAUUUUGUAUUACCAUAUCAUUUUUGUAUGUUCUCUAUAGUUAUGUAGUUGAAAAUGCAUCAAUUGACUAAUUCGGCACAUUUGGCCAGACUUGAUACAAAAUAGUCCUGUAUUGCAACGCUUCACUGGAUCAAUCUCAAACUUUGCACACACACUGUUUGGCCAUCUAGUGGCCAAAAUCUAAAUUGUGCCUAAACUGCAAUAUUUUAUUGUGGCCUUUCUCUUGCAUUUCAAAGAUGAAAAAAGGAAAUAGAAAACAAUUUUUUGUUUGUUUGUAUUAUCUUUUACCAGAUCUAAUGUGUUAUAUUCUCCUACAUUAAUUUCACAUUUCCACAAACUUCAAAGUGUUUCCUUUUAAAUGGUAUCAAGAAAAUGCAUAUCCUUGCUUCAGGUCCUGAGCUACAGGCAGUUAGAUUUCGGUGUCAUUUUAGGCGAAAAUUGAAAAAAAAAGGGUCCGAUCCUUAAAGAGGUUAAAAUGAGGAGAACAUUUUAGAAAUAUGUAUUGGUCUUAUUAAUUAAUUUCCAGGAUGACUACUGAGUUUUUUCUUCACGUAUUUCGCGCUGUGGCGCCAGGCGAGCUCGCUCAUUCCACCCACACUGCCACUCAGCCAGGCACAGAACUGACCUUUUUUGCAAAAAAUGCGUCAGACUUUAACAUUGCGAGCAUGGGUGAAUUGGCCCUGAAGAGCCACAUGAAGGGGGAAAGACACAACGCUGCAUCCUGCGCUGGUGCUAGUUCUACGUUGUAACUUUUUCUCUGCAACAAACUCCAGAGCUUUUUUUGCCAAUCGCCUUAUUCACGGGGCACCUGCGAUAUUCCGAUUUAUCAAGCGGCAGCCGUGCUCCUGCCGUUCUGGUAGCUGUUCACGUGCCGUUUUUCCUCACAUAGUUCUCCCGACCGGUAACACUAAAGCUGCCAGUCAGAAGCAAGACCCUUUUUAGUAGCUAUUAAGUAGUAGAUUCCCAAAUGCCCAAUAAAAACAGUCAUUAAGCUGGAAUUGUGUAGUAAUGCGAAUAGGAAAUGUCUGUUCACUAGUAGGCAUGUCAUCAGUGCUCAUCACUAGUCAAAUUACAAAAUCAUCAGUACUGACUUACCAUUCAUGUAUGUAGUAAAUAAGUACUGAAACAACAUAUUAUUGAGUAGAACUUGGAAGGUAGUGACGACUAGAAACAAUUGCACAAUAUGAACUAUUACAAAUUGGUCCUUGAAAAUAAUUAUUUUCUUAAGUCCUUGAAUUUGACUUGCCACUGUCAGAACAAACCCUGAUUUAGGGCAGUGUUUCUUAAUCCUGGUGCCUAAGCUUUACACACCUUAUUCAAAUAAUCAAUUAAUCAUCAAGACUUUGUGGAACCAGGUGUGUAGUACUAGGGCAAAAACUAAAAUGUCCACCCCUUUGGGUCCCCAGGACCAGGAUUAAGUAACACUGGGUGACAUGGAAAUGUACCUGGGACACAUUUUGUACCAACUCAAUUAUUAUAGUUUCAGAUGGGUUAUCCAACAUGUCUGGUUUGAAUUAAUGCCUUAUUUUGUUGAGUUGUACAUACACUGUACGUACUCAACAAAAUACAGUAUCAACAAAAUAACAAAUCAACUAUACAGCAUGGACAUUUCUCAGUGACUUUGAUAUGAAUGCUUUCUGUGUAUUGUCUGUUUCUAGCCUACAAAGACCUCCAGUCGAGAGAAGACACCAGAAACGCAGCUUGGCAACAUGACGGCUGGGAUGAGGUUGUCUAUUACACAGGUCAGUUGGCUCUCUUUCUGUGCAUCUCACUCUUGCUCUCUGUCCAUCCUUCUUCAAGCUAACAUAUGAAGCGCUGAAAGUGUAGUAAUAUGUUUAAGUGACCCUCUUCAUUCCUCUCCUCUGUCAGUUCCGCUGAUUCAGCACAUGGAGUCCAGAAUAAUGAUCCCCAUGAAGACCUCCCCUCUGAAGUAAGACCUCCCCUCUGAAGUAACCCCUACCCCUGCCAGCACCCAGGGGAGAUCCCGACUACCAAGCCCACCACCACACUGAUACAUAGAGAACGUAACUGACCAACAGAGUGUGCUCUCACUGUACUUCCAGGAGUUUCAGCAAUGACAUCCACAUGCUUGAGACUUCUGGUUUCACUUUGAUAUCCUUUUUGUUUUUGUCUUUCCUGUGUGGGCAUAAAAUGUCUUCGGUUAAAAACAGUCAAAAUGACAUGCGUACAGAAUGUAGAUAGUGGAGAUUUUAUCAUUAAUUGUAAAUGUCUAGUUGGACUGUGACUGUCCCAUACUGCUAGAUAGGGGGACGGGAUAGGAACGGUUUGUCAAUGUAUUAAAUGUGAAAUGCAGUGCUUUAUUAAGAUUAGUUGUACAUAUUGAAUUAAACUUCUGAUGAAAGAUAAGUCUCUCAAACUCUUUUUGCUAC